GCUGGGGGCCCAGGAGGCUGGGGCGGGAGGGGCUGGCAUGUGGUUCUGAGGGGAACGGAAGUCGGAAGCACUGGCCGCCACGUUCUCCAUUCUCAGGACUGAGGGCUGUGCAGCAGGGAGGCCUGCUCACCCAUCCCUGGGUGCUGUGGAGGGUAGAUGUGGAUUCCUGGCUGCCGCCCUGGCCUAUACGUCCCCUGACCCACUCAGUGGGACAGUGAAGGCAGGAAACUCCUGCAGGCUCCCUCACAGCCUGCUCUCUGUGGAUGAUGGGGGACAACAGACCCUCUGAACACCCCACACCUGUGGAAUUUCUCAACAUCUGUUUGGGAGACAACCUACUGACCCCCCCAGGAGCAUCCUGCAGGGAAGUGUGUGACCUUCCCAGACCUUGCAAGGAGAAGACCUGGGCCUCUGGGCCUCCUGAUUCCACAAGGCAAGAUGCUCCCCCAGGAGCCUCCAGUGCAGAGCCUGCACCCCUGGGGAGUGGCUCUUCCCAGGGGGGCCCCAGACAGAGCCAGAGCUCGUCCACGCAGGUGGCAUUCUGGGCAGGCAUCCUGCAGGCCCAGAUGUGCGUCCUGGACCUGGAGGAGGAACUGGAGAAGACGGAAGGGCUCAGGGCCCAGCUGAGAUGCUGCCUCCCCACAGCCCCUGCCAACCUCGCCACUUUCCCGUCCAGUCCAGCAGGCCUGGAAGACUCGGGCCUCCACCCCAGUGCACCAGUGGGAGAGGCCUCCGGGGAAGACAGCAGCGGGCCUGAUGGGGAGAGCCAGAACCCCGUGUGGCCGAGGAAGGGAAUGCCGGACUCUUCCCCAGAGUGGGGUGCUGAGGAGGAGAGUGUGUUUUUCGACAACCCUCUCUUUCUGGAGAGCCCUUGCUCAGACACUGGUUCCUCUGGAGCACACUUUUCUUGGGGGUUCCCAGACUCCCUUGCAGAUGUGAGGCCUGGGGCCCAGAGUCCACAGGUGCUGGAGCCUCCCGUCCUCGGGGGCAGAGUGCCAUGGGAGCUGGGGAGCAAGCUGGAUUUGGGGGACAGCACAGCCGGCUCCAGUGGGCACACCACGCCUCCGUUCCCCAUGCCCAUCUACAAACCACAUUUGCUCUCUGCGGCCCAGGUGGACGCCUCCAAGGGGCCUCCUGCAGUACUUUCUGGCUGGGGCGAGCACCAGACUGCUCGGGAGGACAGUCUUGACUCUGCCCCUCCCUUGGCAUCCUGUGUGGACGAAGCACUGACCUUGGAAACGGGACAUGUUCCAUCGUACCCUAGCCCAGCCUCACAACCUGUGCAACCCUGGGCCCUGCCCAGCCUUGAGGUCUGGCAGAUGGAAGAGGGUCCUUCCUGGCCCCAGGUGCCUCUUAUCUCCCAGGACAGAGGUGACUGGGAUGCUGAGUGGCCCCAGGAAUCUGCCCCCUGCACCUUGGCCCCUGGCCUCUGGGGGAGCCCAGCCUCUUCGCCGGAGCCUAGCAGCCCGGAGUCAGAGAGCAGAGUGCCUGGCCCCAGGCCCAGCCCUGCAUCCUCCCUGGAGGGCAGCCCACAGCUCCAGAGCCACCACUCAGACAUUUUUCCCAAGUGGACACUAGGUGUUUCACCCCCUUCACUCUUGGAGACAGACGGGGCAGAACCAAGCUCCUUGGAGAAACAGGAGACAGGAGAGGCCCCAAUCCCCGCAGAAGAAGUAAAGAAUGAAGGUCCAGCCAGGCCUUCAGAGCCUGGAGCUGCCCAGCCUGACGCUGACUUGACCUCCACAGAAGGUGGGAGUCUGAGGACACCGAUGGGCUUUUGCAGGCUUCCUGAGUGCCCCAUGCCUCACUCACAGUCCCCAGAGGAAGGCCAGAGGCCACAGGCUGGAGACAAGCUGGCCAAUGGGGUCAGGACUGCCCAGGUGGCCUGGAACUUGGCCGCUCGCCUCUAUCACCUUGAGGGCUUCCGGAAGUCUGAAGUGGCUGCCUACCUGCAGAAGAAGUACCACUGGAUGCCCCACUUUGCCUUCCCCCACCCCAACUCCACAUGGCCCUCCCACUCACCACUGGAUGGGGCCCUGGGGUAUGGGCCUGGGGAACUGGAGAAGGUUCCAGAGUGGCUGGUGGAGGGAGCUGGUUAUUCCACUGGGCUGUUGAGUGUGUGCCAGCUGCUCCAUGUGUCUCUAUGGCCACAGAACAUCGGGAAGAGCAUGAGCUGCCAGGAAUUUGUAACCAACCUGAAUGGCCUGCGGGAUGGUGGGAACUUCCCCAAGGAGCUGCUGAAGGCCCUCUACUGGUCCAUCCGAAGUGAGAAGCUCGAGUGGGCCGUAGAUGACGAAGAUGCAGCCGGACCUGAGAAGGCCCAGCUCUCUCCCCCUGCUGGCAAGAUAGUCAACCCCUUCCUCCAGCUGGCCCAGGACCCCACGGUGCCCACCUACAAGCAGGGCAUCUUGGCUCGGAAGAUGCAUCAGGAUGCAGAUGGCAAGAAGACACCGUGGGGGAAGCGCGGCUGGAAGAUGUUCCACACCUUGCUUCGAGGGAUGGUCCUCUACUUCUUGAAGGGACAGGACCACUGCCCUGAGGGGCAGAGUUUGUUGGGGCUGAUGGUAGAUGAGCCUGUGGGGGUGCACCAUUCACUGGCCACCCCAGCCACCCAUUACACCAAGAAGCCACAUGUCUUCCAGCUGCGGACGGCUGACUGGCGCCUCUACCUCUUCCAGGCACCCACUGCCAAGGACAUGAGCUCCUGGGUUUCCCGCAUCAACCUGGCCGCUGCCACGCACUCGGCGCCGCCCUUCCCCGCCGCGGUGGGCUCCCAGCGCAGAUUCGUGCGGCCCAUCCUGCCUGCCGGCCCCGCGCGGAGCUCCCUGGAGGAGCAGCAUCGAUCCCAUGAGAAUUGCCUGGACGCUGCCGCGGACGGCCUGCUGGACCUGCAGAGGAACUUACCGGGACGACGGGGCCGCAGCCGCGAACUGGAGGAGUACCGCCUGCGGAAGGACUACCUGGAGUACGAGAAAAUGCGCUACGAGAUGUAUAUGCAGUUGCUGGUGGCCCGUCUGCACUGCCCCUCGGAUGACCUGGGCCUGUGGGAGGAGCAGCUGAGCAGGGAGGCUGGAGGCACUCAGGAGCUCAAGCCCAGCCUGAAGAAGUCCCACUCCAGCCCAACCCUGCACCAGGAUGAGGCCCCCACCACAGCCAAGGUGAAGCGCAACAUCUCGGAGCGCAGAACUUACCGGAAGAUCAUCCCCAAGCGGAACCGCAAUCAGCUGUGAAGGAAGCCAGCACCACCUCACAGGCUCUGGGGUGGACUUGAGAUGAAAGUCCGCAGAGGCCGUAUUUCUGGGCCCACCCCUGCUGAAGGCAGCCCCAUGGCCCUGGGGUCCUCAUUCCCCUCUGUUCGCUGGAGCCUACCCCCCAGGCAGGACCCCAGCCCCCUGGUCCCUGGCUACCCCCGAGGAAGGCAGGAGCUCAAGGAUUUGGCCCCAUCCCCAGAGAUUGUUCCAUGUCACCCUCCACUCACCAGAAUCCAGGGUGGCCUUAUUUCCUGGACCUGAGGACACCUCAGUGCUUGUUUGAGGAUUGGAGCAUGCAAAGGCCCUUGGUGUCCAGGAGGCCUGGGCAGCAGGGGCCUCUGGGCACUGAAGCAAGCAGAGCUGCAGCCCUGAGGAUGACCUUGCUCUGGGAGCCAGGAGACGUGCUGGGAGAGGCCCUGGGAGCCCCCAGCCCACCUCCUGUGACUCAGGCCCUGCCCCCUUAGGGCCUAUCUCCUUUUCCCCUACAGCUAUCUGAGCUGCAGCAGCAAAUGAGAGGGGCCCCACCCUCCUCCCGUGCCAGUUGCUAAAGAGCAGAGCCCAUGGUGGUCAGUGAAGGCCGGUGGAGAGUUGGUGCCUCCAGAGCUCUGUGGGAGCCUGGGAACAAGGGGCCCUUGGAGAAGCUGAGUGGUGAGAGGUGGUGAUGUGUUCUCUUGGGGGCCCUUGUGCAGGAACCACGUCUCAGGAGAGUUGUGGGUAUCAGGUGCAGGUCUAGCUCCCCUCCACACACUCCAUCCCCUCAUUUCCGAGGGGUGUCAGGAUACCGUCCAGACCCUUUCCAUCCUGCCACCCGCAGCCACUUGGGGUUUUGCUGCCCUCCCUGGGGAGUCCCCUGUGCUGCCCUCUGGCUGCCACCCAACUGGGCCUGUUCUCUUGGGGAGGUUCCGGACACUCAUGGGCGAGGCUCUGCCUCGGGGAAGGAGGCUGGGGUGGAGGAGCAGCCACCAUUGUCUCUGUUCAGCCAAGUGUGCAAGCAGGCUGCCAGCCAAGAGGGCCUCUGUGCUGCCUGCCCGCCUCCUGCUGGCUGAUGCACUGCCUCCUUGGCUUUCCUGUUGGGCCCCCUCCUCUUGUCCAUGCUCGUCACCAGCUCCGGGGCCUGGACCUGCACCAAGGGUCCACCCCCUUGGGACCAAAAGGGGUGCCUGGCCAGAGCCCGGGGCUGGGCCAUGCACCCAAUGGGUGCACAAUAAACACGGGCCAAUGCAGAUGGAGGUGUCCGUGAGUGUGUGAGGAGGGGAGGACCAGGCAGUUCUGGGCAGCUGGGGCCACCUGCAGGGUGGCAGGCCGGGUCCCCUUUGCCCUGUGUGCAUAUUGGUAUCUGUGUGUCUGUAGGACCCUGUUUGUGUACAGGAGUCACACAUCUAUAGGCUGUCCAAACUAGAGGGGACCUCAGGAUCAUUUAUUCCAUCCCAAGUUUGUUCAUUUACUCAUUUCACAAAUAGUAUCGAUCACUUUUUAUGGACCAGCACUAGGGGAUUAAAAAGUGAAUUAAACCUGCCAUGGGCCUCCAGGACAUGAAACCCUGCUCCCUGGUUCACAGCUCUCAGCAAAGAGGCACGCCUUGUCUCGCUGGGGAGGCAUGCUGAAGACAUUGCCUCUGCACUCAGGGAUUCAGUCGGCAGGUCUUGGUCAGGAGCACAGAUAUGUAUUGAUGCUGCUUGGGUGACUGCUCUGUGGGGCAGUUAACAGCCACGGCAGAAUCCAAUGGUCUCAUUUGACUGAGGUGAAAACCCAGCUCCACAUGGACGUGACUCAGCCCAGGACUGAUGCUUACAAGCGAAAUGGCCUUGAGCGGCAGGUUCUUUGAUCUCAUUGGACAUGUAUCCUCAUUCCUGAAUCCAGAAAAAGGCGGAGGUUUGUCUGCA